UGCAGUUUGGAAUAAAAUCGCUCAGAUUAUGGGCCCUAAUUUUACUGAUGAAAUGCUCUCCAAUCGAUGGAAGAGCAUGAGAGAAAGUUUUGCGGAUAAUUGGAAUCGGCUAAAGGAAUCGAAGAGGAAAUGUAGUGGAAAUGGAGCUGAUGACGGGUACAAACCGAAGUGGAAGCUUUGGUCUAAACUUCAGUUUCUUAUUAAAACUUGCAUGCAGUCAGAUUCCUUUUCCAAUCUUCCUGCUGAGAACUAUAACCCAAAUUCACUUAUUGAUUUGGAGAUUGAACAGAGCAUUGAUUGUUCUGCGAAAGACUUGAGUCAAAGUGAAUCGCCAGUACCUAUCAGUGUUUACUAUGAUGAAAAUUUGAAGAAAUACAUGAUGAUUCCCAAGGAUUCCAACUUCUCGCUUGUUUCGAGCUGUGAUUCUAUAUUUCAAGAAAUGUCAUCUGACACAGGAAAUUCUGAGUUAUCACCCUUUUCUCCUCGGCCAUCCUCAUCACCAAGGCCAUGCAGCUCUCCAGCUCUGACUGAAGGAUCUCAAGUUGUACGAUCAGGCCCUUCAUCAGCACCAGGUGCUGUCGAAUUUCCAAGGAGUGGCACUCAGGUUGGGAAAGAUUCUACAGGAAUGUUUGGAAAGCGUGGCACAGCUAAACGUAAACCCUGA